CCGGGUUCUUCGAGAUGCUGUUUGGCGACUCGUCGCCAUUCCCGGAGCACCUCGGCCUCGGCCUAGAGGCGAGUGUCGGUCGCUGUGUCGGAGACACACGUCCCCGACACCAAGACAGCCAACCCUCUCCCCUGCCUCGCGGCGGGAGAGCGUGUCCGGCCGGCCGGCGGGGCUCGCGCACCCUCCCUCGCCUCCCCUUCCCCCGCAGCCUCCGCCCCGCCAGGCCCGGCCCGGACCUCCGAGCCCCGGCCUCCUCCUUCUUCUCUGUCACUACCGCCGCCGCUGGGCUCGACAGCCCCGCCCGCCGCUUCUCUUCACAGUUUGAGAAGCCGAGGAAGGAAACAGGGAAAAAUGUCGCCAUGAAGGCCGAGAACCGCUGCCGCCGCCGACCCCCGCCGGCCCCGAACGCCAUGAGCCUGGGUCCCCGCCGCGCCCGCUCCGCUCCGACCGCCGCCGCCGCCGCCGAGGCCCCCGUUGAUGCCGCAGAGCUCCCCCAACGCCGCCGCCACCGCUUCCGACAUGGACAAGAACAGCGGCUCCAGCAGCUCCUCCGCCUCUUCGGGCAGCAGCAAAGGGCAACAGCCGCCCCGCUCCGCCUCGGCGGGGCCGGCCGGCGAGUCUAAACCCAAGAGCGAUGGAAAGAACUCAAGUGGAUCCAAGCGUUUUAAUCGCAAACGUGAACCUUCCUAUCCCAAAAAUGAAAAUUUUAGCAACCAAUCCCGUCGCUCCAAUUCACAGAAAAGCAAAACUUUUAACAAGAUGCCUCCACAGAGGGGCGGCGGCAGCAGCAAAGUCUUUAGCUCUUCUUUUAAUGGUGGAAGACGAGAUGAGGUAGCAGAGGCUCAAAGGGCAGAGUUUAGCCCUGCCCAGUUCUCUGGUCCGAAGAAGAUCAAUUUGAACCACUUGUUGAAUUUCACUUUUGAACCUCGUGGCCAGGCGGGUCACUUUGAAGGCGGUGGACAUGGCAGCUGGGGAAAAAGGAACAAGUGGGGGCAUAAGCCUUUUAACAAGGAACUCUUUUUACAGGCCAACUGCCAAUUUGUAGUAUCUGAAGACCAAGACUACACAGUUCAUUUUGCUGAUCCUGAUACCUUAGUCAACUGGGACUUUGUGGAACAAGUGCGUAUUUGUAGCCAUGAAGUGCCAUCUUGCCCAAUAUGCCUAUAUCCACCUACUGCAGCCAAGAUAACCCGUUGUGGACACAUCUUCUGCUGGGCAUGCAUUCUGCACUACCUUUCCCUGAGUGAGAAGACCUGGAGUAAAUGUCCCAUCUGUUACAGUUCUGUGCAUAAGAAGGAUCUCAAGAGUGUUGUUGCCACAGAGUCACGGCAGUAUGUUGUUGGUGAUACCAUUACAAUGCAGCUGAUGAAGAGGGAGAAAGGGGUGUUGUUGGCUUUGCCCAAAUCCAAAUGGAUGAAUGUAGACCAUCCUAUUCAUCUAGGAGAUGAACAGCACAGCCAGUACUCCAAGUUGCUGCUGGCCUCUAAGGAGCAGGUGCUGCACCGGGUAGUUCAGGAAGAGAAGGUAGCUCUAGAGCAGCAGCUGGCAGAGGAGCAGCACACUCCCGAGUCCUGCUUUAUUGAGGCAGCUAUCCAGGAGCUCAAGACUCGGGAAGAAGCUCUGUCAGGAUUGACCGAAGGCGGAAGGGAGGUCCCUGGUGUUGUGCCUGCUCUGGAACAACUGGUGCUGAUGGCUCCCUUGGCGAAGGAGUCCGUUUUUCAACCCAGGAAGAAUUUGUCCCAACAGGGUGUGCUAGAGUAUCUGUCUGCUUUUGAUGAAGAGACCACCGAAGUUUGUUCUCUGGGCUCUCCUCAUCCUCUUGCUCUCCCUCUGGUGGAGGAAGAGGAAGCAGUGUCUGAACCAGAGCCUGAGGCCUGUGAUGACUCAGAGUUAGCAGAUGACAGUCUGGGAGAGGGGACCAUUUGUACUGAGUCCAGCCAGCAGGAACCCAUCACCAAGCCAGGGUUUACACAUCUGAGCAGCUCUCCUUGUUACUACUUUUAUCAAGCGGAGGACGGGCAGUACAUGUUCCUGCAUCCUGUGAACGUGCGCUGCCUUGUGCGGGAGUACGGCAGCCUGGAGCAGAGCCCGGAGAAGAUCUCAGCGGUAGUGGUGGAGAUUGCCGGCUACUCCAUGUCCGAGGAUGUUCGACAGCGCCAUAGAUACCUUUCUCACCUGCCGCUCACCUGUGAGUUCAGUAUCUGCGAACUGGCUCUGCAGCCUCCUGUGGUCUCUAAGGAAACCCUAGAGAUAUUUUCAGAUGACAUUGAGAAGAGGAAGCGUCAGCGCCAGAAGAAGGCUCGGGAGGAACGCCGCCGGGAGCGAAGGAUUGAGAUGGAGGAGAACAAGAAACAGGGCAAGUACCCAGAAGUCCACAUUCCCCUAGAGAAUCUACAGCAGUUUCCUGCCUUCAAUUCCUAUACCUGCACCUCCGAUUCUGCUUUGGGUCCCACCAGCACCGAGGGCCAUGGUGCCCUCUCCCUUUCUCCUCUUAGCAGAAGUCCAGGUUCCCAAGCAGACUUUUUGCUGACCCCUCUGUCACCUACUGCCAGUCAGGGCAGUCCUUCAUUCUGCGUUGGGAGUCUGGAAGAAGACUCUCCCUUCCCUUCCUUUGCCCAGAUGCUGAGGGUUGGAAAGGCAAAAGCAGAUGUGUGGCCCAAAACUGCUCCCAAAAAAGAUGAAAACAGCUUAGUUCCUCCUGCUCCUGUGGACAGCGAUGGGGAGAGUGAUAACUCAGACCGUGUUCCUGUGCCCAGUUUCCAAAACUCCUUCAGCCAAGCUAUUGAAGCAGCCUUCAUGAAACUGGACACACCAGCUUCUUCAGAUCCCCUCUCUGAAGACAAAGGAGGAAAGAAAAGAAAAAAACAGAAACAAAAGCUCCUGUUCAGCACCUCAGUCGUCCACACCAAGUGACACUACUGGCUCACUACUGGCUCGUUACCUUCUCCAUCUGGUUUUCUUU